ACGCGCCCAUCUCGAAGAGAACCAACCCCGACCAAGAAAAAAACAAGAAAAUAAUACACAAUUGGCGACGGCGGUGCAGAGGUUCUCCGUGUGAUCCGAUCGAACGGGACUAGGACCGACACGGACCAGGUCUAAAUCCGUGAGGUCAGCGGUAUUAUGGCCGGCGACAUGUCCAUCGGCUGUGCGGCCCUGAAGCGAUCCAGCAAGCUGAGGUCCUGCACCAGUGCCGCCGACACGGACUCAAUGCGGGUGCCCAGCGACCACAGGGACAACGGGAGCCUGGUCAAGCCGCCUCCGGUGCCGCCGCAGAAUAUGCGCGGCGGUCUGCGGGUCUACAAGAUCGUCAUCCUUGGCGACGGGGGCGUUGGAAAGUCAGCUGUCACCCUUCAGUUCGUGAGCCACAGUUUCCUGGACUACCACGACCCCACAAUUGAGGACUCCUACCAGCAACAGGCGGUCAUCGACAAUGAGGCCGCCCUGCUCGACAUCCUUGACACCGCCGGCCAGGUGGAGUUCACGGCCAUGCGGGACCAAUACAUGCGUUGCGGCGAAGGUUUCAUCAUUUGCUACUCGGUCACCGACCGCCACAGCUUCCAGGAGGCAUCCGAGUACAGGAAACUGAUCACCCGUGUCCGCCUGUCCGAGGACAUUCCGCUGGUACUGAUUGCCAACAAGGUGGACCUGGAGUCGCAGCGACGCGUGACCACCGAGGAGGGCCGGAACCUGGCCAACCAGUUCGGCUGCCCGUUUUUUGAGACAUCGGCUGCACUGCGUCAUUAUAUCGACGAGGCGUUCUACACGCUGGUCCGCGAGAUUCGGCGCAAGGAAAUGCAGAAGGCCCUGGGCACGGACUCCAAUUCGGAGAAGAUUCACACGGGGCGACGGAGUCGCUGGUGGCGCAUCCGAUCCAUCUUCGCAUUGGUUUUCCGGCGCAGACGAAACCUCAACUAGACCAGGAUGCGGAUUCCUUCAAACGAGUGCAAUAUUAACCACAAAACCGAGUAACUUUUGUUCGCUAUAUUUUGUAUAUAGCACACACCCAUCAGAUACAACAUACAAGAGAGAAUUAACCGAUCGAGAAGGAUAACUA